GUUCUCUCCCCGGCGCGGCCCCGGCGCGGCGGCUCCGCGGGCGGGCGGAGCGUGCGGCACGGAGCGGGCCCGGCGGCGCUUCCGGUGCCGCGGCUCCAUGGACGCCAACCUGCGCUUCUGGAGGGCGGAGGGGCAGUCUUUCUUCCAGAGGUUUCUCCUCUGGGCGGACGCCUUGGAUCCGCUGCUGCUCCUCAAGUCCUCCAAUGAAAUAAAAAGAACCAGGUUAUCAAUACUAAUCAAUGAGAAGACCCAAAAUGAGCCCAUACAGAAUAAUCAGACCAAAAAAGCCUUCUUGCUAAGCCUGUCCAGCGUACAUCCUGAUACAGACAAGAUAAUUCCUGUUUUGUUUAGACCCCCAGCUUUCAUGCCCAUAACUCUUCCCUUGGUCAUCGUUUCAUCUGUUCAGCGCCACGCAAGGCAUUCUUUUUUUUGGCAGUUUGUGUUUCACACAUACACCACAGCAUUCACUCUGGUAAAUGGAAAUGGCACCCCAAAGGCUGCAGAAUACUCACUUCAGCAAAAGCAGCUCUUGCUUGGCUUGGGAGCCAUUUCCUAUUCAGCCUUUGUUGGUGCUCUCCCUGUUGCCUUCAUGAACCGUUAUGCGUUGAAGAACCCAUUAAUGCAACUUGUUGUCAGAAAACUGCUGCCUGCUCCUCUGCUUGGUUUGACAAGUGCAUUUACCGUGGCAAUGGUGAGAAGCCCAGAAUUUGAUAAUGGGAUAGAAGUGAUGGACAGGAAUGGCAAUGUUAUAGGAGUGUCUAAGAAGGCUGGUGAGAAGGCUGUUAUGGAAACAGCAUUGUCCAGAGCAGUCUUGUUUGGGACAACGUUCUUCCUGCCAGAAGUGCUCAUGUACUGUGUGCAGAGAGCAAGAUUUGUUAAAAAUCCUCGUGCUUUGGGUCCUGUGAGGAUGUUUGUGAUUAUGUCAGUCCUAGGAGGGAUGCUGCCAGUCUCCUUUAGUAUGUUUCCACAGUGUGGGGAGAUAAAGCGGGCAGACCUUGAGCCAGAACUUCUGUCAUCUACAGAAGAAACAGAGCUCUUCUACAACAGGGGCAUUUAGAGCCUGGUUUUUAUACAGAAAUGUGUGCUCUGACCCAAGUGAAUCCUGAAUGCACCAGUGGCAUUUGUGACUGAAGUGUGAUUCUGUGGUGGCAAAGGUGCCAGAUCCUGUGUACGAUGGUGUGGCCUGCAGAGGCAGAACUUGGCAAUGUGGCUUUGCCAGCCCCAGCCUGGAGACACAUAAACACACCUCACCUGAUGCUGAGGUGCUGGAAAAGCACUGUAACACAGCCUUGUAACACACAACCUGUGUUCUGUGCUCCCUCAGAUGAUUGAUUUCUUAAUUAAAUGACUGUUGAAUACAUAAGUUUGUUCUGCUGCUGCAACUUUUGGUGUGCUCCUUUUCAGGAACCCAGCUGGUGAAGGCUUUGACAUCAGCACUCCUGUGGGUGAAGUCCAGCUGAUUCUUCUCAGAGCACUUUGAUGUUUUCAGUGAUCUAACAGUGCUCCUUUUGAGGAUGAGAUGUGAGGCAGCCCUUGAAGUGAUAUUAGACAAAGCAACCCUGAUGGCAAUAGGAUAUUGAUUUAAUUUAUUUGCUUAAAAAGUGUACAGGAAAUAGGUGACAGACUUCACUACCAGUUAAUUCCUGGUUUUUUAAACAUCCUUGAAGGAGUUUUGAGGCUUGAUGGCCCUUGAGCUUUAGAACUUGGUUUUUACACUGAAGCCAUGAGGAGAUGCCAUGUCUUUCUGACCUUGUGGUGGACAAUGAGAAAUUCCACUUUCUCAGGUUGGCUGUGUUUAUCCAAAGAAAGAAAGUUCUUUUGAUGUGUGAUCAUUUUUGUAUGUUGAUCAGUGAGGUGAUAACAUUUUGCUGAUCCUAUUAAAUUAUUCAGGGACCCUCAGCUGUCUGUGAAGAGCUGCAGAAAGCUUACAGGAGACUCUGUGAUUGUGACAACAUCUUCAGUGAUUUUUGAGCCACCUCUUCUACAACCCCUGCCUAUAGUUAUGUGAGGUGCUGCUAAGGCUGUGUGACAAGGAUGGAAAUGCAUUAAAUAAUAUAUAAUUAUUUAUGUGAAGGUGAUUAUCACAAGUGCAGCCUUCCAAGUGUGCCAUAAUUUAACUUAGGGCACAAUACACAGGUCACUGCUCUCCUGUUGCUGGAGGAUUGGAUUUCUUCUCACAGUGUGAGGAAAACAAUGGAUGCCCAAUCCCAUCCAUCCUACAGGAAGAGAGCAGCAUAAAGCAAAGCAAGGAAAAAUAGCAGGCCUGGGCUCUUGCAAGAAGAGAUUCCUGCUGUGCUUUUGGCACUGAACAAAAGCAGGAAGUUGGGGGUUGAGUUUAAUUUCUUGUUUGAGUUCUGCCUUUUUUGAGCCUUCCUCUAACAACUUACUGGAGGGGAAGGUCAGACAAGGGAAGAGGAGAGAGGAGCAGCAGCACAUCCUAAGGAGCUGGAACUGGGGUGGAACAUGCUGUAAAGCUCUUCCAGGAAGACCAUAUGGAUACUGUCUGAAUUGGCAGAGUUUGCACUACUCCACUGGAGAACUGUAGUGAAUUUUUAAAGGUAAAGGAUUGUUUGCACCUACUGAACUGCAGGCUCACUCAGCCUCUGGGGGUGAUGUUCUUCAGUACACGGUAAAAUCUCAUCAGGGUCAAGAAGAUAAUUGUGUCAGACCAAGGGUCUGCUGAGGCAAACAUCUGCUCAUGGCAGGAGGUUAGAACUAGUGAUCUUUAGGGUCACUUCCAACACAAACCAUUCCAUGAUUCUACCACAGGGUCAAGUGGAACAGGACUAAGCCUCAGCCUGCCUCUCUGGGUGUGAAGGGGGCAACACACUCAGAAGUGUUUGUCUCCUUCCAAAGCUUUAAUAGCAGAGGCACAGAUAACAUCCUGCAGUUAAAUUAUCUAAACCAUGUUUCUCUAUUCCUAUUUCUGUCACAUACCAAAGGCAAAUGCAGGAGGGGUCUGAUUCCACUCUCACUAAACAGUAACUGGCACUACAGUGAAGACCUGCACCUCUCCCCACUCCUUUUUUAAACAUAAUUUAAGAAUGGCUAAAGUAAAUGCUAAUUACAUGAACCACAGUGGGAAUAAGCAAAAAACACCCAAAACCUAAGAGUAAAGCAAAGCCAAUAAAUAGAAGAGAAUAUAUUGGUGAACUUUGGAUUGUCAUGGUAACUAGACAAGCUAUAAAUUCACUGGCAACACACUUGGAUGUUUUAAGCAAAUUGAUGUCAUUACAACUCCAUGAGUAAGGCUUCUGGAAUAGGUCUGGUAAUAGAGUCUGUUAUUACAGCUGCCCCUUCUCAAACUCCACCAGCUCCUUACUGAAUACUCAGCUCCUUACUGAAUACUUGAGCUGAAAUUUGCCACAUUAAACCCAGCUCCCUCAGGAUUAUUAAAUACCCCUUUACCCCAUUCUCAUAAAUGUCCCUAUUGCCCUAACCAGAAUUUUCCAGAAGAGGAGGGCAGGCGCCUGCCCUUUAAAUUAUCAGCCUGGCUGACUCAGCUGCUUCCCAGUCAGGGCAGGGGAAAUGCAUUGCCAAAAAGGCCCUGGCAUCCUCAGCCUUGAACCAGUCCCCGAGAUGAGAACUGCCAGGAGCAGACAUAGUCCAGAGAUACAAGUCAGGGAACAAGACUGGGACAAGCAGCAUGUUUGAGGGACCUGGGAAGAGGAAAUGUUCCCCUUUGUAUAUGGAAUAAAUUAACAACAUACCAGCCCAAGGCAGGUCUGUCUCCUGCCUUAGCUGGCCCUGGUGUUAAGUGACAGUGCAUUAGUGGUGGAACCAGUUUAAGUUGUGGUGAAUGACAACAGAUGGAAGCUUUCAGCUUCAAGGAAAACAGAAGUCUUAGUACAGCACAAGAUGCUGUGCCUCACCCACUCAGCUUGUCAUCUUGAAAUGUAGGAAAAUCCAGUGGGGCUUUCAGGCCCCUUUAAUGUAGCUUAAAAAAAUCAGCCGCUCCCAUGUUAAGAAAUACUGAGAUCAAAGCCUUGCUCAGCUGGAGCUGUGUCCCUGCUUUACCCCCAGGCCUGUAACACAGCCAUGCUGCUUUUCCCUUUUCCCCACAUGCCAGGGGUGGAGGAAGGAAGGGAGGAUGAAAGGAGGGAGGCCUGCACUGCAGCUCCUUCCCUGUCAGACAGCAAACACCACGUGCCACUCAGGAAGGAGCUGCUGCCCAGCCUUUGGAGUCUCCUCCUAUCCCACAUCACUCAGCAGCUCCAAGGAAUGAUUUCACCUGACCAGAGAUGCUCUGACUCAGGCUCCAGCCAGCUGCCUAGGGAAGGGUGUAAGGCACUAUGAGGCAGCUGGGAGCUCCCUACACUGAGCUUUAUGGCUUGGUUUUUAUCCAGAAAUGGAGCUGCUUCAACUGACAUCUCACACCACACAAUGGACAAACCCUCAGUAGCCAUUUCAGAGCAGUCAGAGGCUAAAGGCAGAAGCAGCCAGGACGUUUAAGAUGGAUUCUGUAACAUGUCCCAUGUCAAGUUUUUCCAGGUUGAACAGCAUUACACUGCUCUCCAUUGAACAUUCCCCCUUCACACAUUUGCCUGCAGGGAUAACAGGGCAGGGCAGCUCCUACCAGGAACUAAAACCCCAGGGAUGAAAGCAGUAAAGCAGGUAACCCAAUUUACUCAGCAAAACCUCAACUGCAGGGACUGAGUGUUUAUCCUGCUCCCCUCUCCAAGCCUCUGCCCUGCUCACUCUUUAACUUCUAAUUUCUGCAAAUGUAGUGGAGAUGUUAUGGUGCAGGAACCAUUGACCAUUCUGUACUUCUUCAAGAACAGAAAGGUAGUAAGAUGAAAAGGUAUGGAUAAAAAUUCCAUUUGAAACCACCCUUGCCUCUAGGAGGAAGAAAGGAUGGCAUCUGACUGCAAAACAGCAACUGCACCCACAGUCUGCUUGUGUGCAUCCUGGAGAAAGGGAAGCAAGGAAUAAGUAUAAAUAUUUUCCUGUCCUGACCUUGCAAGUUUUUCUAUUUUAUUUUAAACAUCUUUGAAAAUAAACAGUGUCAAAAGUCAGUAAGAAAAUGCAAGAACAUGAAGACAAUCCUUUGAACUCACUGAAGCUGAGGCAAAUAAAUCUUGUUCAAUGCUGAUGAUAAAAUCAGCAAUGACAGAAGUGUUUGAACAUUUCCAACCUAAAGCCCAAACCAUAGCUCAAUUCCAGUAUUGCAAAAUUAAGAGCUAAGGCCCCUGUGGCUCCAUGGUCACAACUAUUCAAAAAUAAAUUUACAUAAAUUAAAGGGCAGUCUGAUCAGGAAUUUUUUAAUAGGCAUAAGCAUGCUAUGAGUCCAGUUCCUUAAGUGCAAAAUCGUAUUUCAUCUGUGUUGCACAAAUGGCAGGAGAUCUAAUACAACGCUGAGAUUUUCAACUGAAACAUUUCCAGAACAGAAAUCAAAACAUGCAUUCAAGGCUGAGUUUGGAAUUGAGCUCCUCUGCUUUGUGUGGUUGUCUCUAGAUAUGCCUUAAGGCAGUUUGUUAAUAAGAAAAAAUGGGAAUUUCUUCUCAGUUACACUGUGGUGCUAAGACAGCUGGCUGAAGCAGAUUCAGAUUUUCCUUGAUGAAAGAAUUCAAUUUCAGUGGACUUUAAAGUACAUCCUGAAUAGAAUUUUCAGCAUAGUUUUGAAGUUCUUCUAAUCCAACUGUUUUAUAGGUCCCAAAACAGCAAUAUUAAAGAAGCAGCAAUAUUAAAGAACCAUUAACAAAAACCAUGAAUGGGCAAAUGGGGAAAAAAGCUGUAGAGCACUUACAGGUAAACAAAGGCAGUUGCAGUAUUUUUCUCAGAAGUUAAAAUUACAUGCUACUGUGUUCAGAAUUCAAACUUCAGACUAAGUGUUUAAAGCAGAAUUUUACACCCCUGAAAAUAGGGGACUGUUCUGAAGCACUUUCAUUUCCUGACUGUAAUAACCACUCAUUGUAUACACAGAUGCCACAUUCCUUAAUCACAUUCUAAAAUAAAUUUCCUUAAGGUAUCAUACAUAGCAGAAGGACAACUCUUUCUCCAACCAAUAUUGCUUGCACAUAAUUAUUGAUGAGCUCUAGCAGUUUCAGAAUAGCAAACAUCCAAUUAUUUAACAAUAUAAAUAUUGGUUACUAAAGUUUUAAUCCUAAGUAUAAAAUCUCUAUGUAAAACCACAUGCUACAGCCUAUCUGUACAAAGGCCAGGAAAAAGGUUAUUUUUUUCUUGUAACAAAGUGCUACUGCAGAAUUGACUGAUUUGCUGUGGACAUUUCUGAACAAAUACAGAUUGUUUGGCUCAGAGCAUUUCCUUACAGACUAAAUUCUUCUCAGAAGAUUGUAAAGCAGUUAGUUUCAGGCUG